CUGCUAACAUGAAGCCAUCAGGGGGCUGCGUGGGAUUCUUCUUUUGCUUGGUUCUGGUUCUGGUCUGUCCUGCUGCAGCUUACAAUCUGGAUCUGGAGCACAGUCUGGUGUUCAAAGGCCCCAGCUCCUCAAUGUUUGGAUACUCAGUGCUGCUGCAUCGCCACUACUCUCACAAAUGGCUGGUGGUCGGUGCUCCAGUGGCUAAUUCCUCCAGUUCGCAGGUUCAGUCUCCAGGAGCAGUUUAUCGCUGCAGCAUCACAGCUGAGAGGCGCACAUGCUACCCUAUGCCUGCUGAUGUUACAAGCUGUGGUAAAACGUGUGAAGCUGAGAGUGAUCACCAGUGGCUUGGCGUCAGUUUGUCAAGACAAUCCAGUGAAAAUGGUGGACUCAUCCUGGCAUGUGCUCACCGCUGGAAGAACGUGUUCUACUCAAGGAAAGACAGCCAGAACAACAAGCUCCCUAAUGGGGUCUGUUAUCAAUAUACAAGUGACCUGAGUUUCUCCGGGUACCUCAUUCCUUGCUACAAAGACCAUCAGAGGAAAUUCGGUGAAUAUUAUGGAUCAUGUCAGGCGGGUAUUUCCAACGUCAUGACACAGGAUCUGAUCAUCAUGGGAGCACCAGGAACUUCUUAUUGGACGGGCUCAGUUCUGGCCUACAACACCUCCUCAGGAGCGAUGUCAGUUUAUCUUGAUGACGAAACAGGAGCUGUCAGCUUUGGAAGCUACCUCGGUUACGCUGUUGGAGCUGGUCACUUCCUGAGUCCCUCAUCUAUGGAGGUGGUGGGUGGAGCUCCGCAGUUCAGUCAGAAGGGCAAGGUCUUCAUCUUCUCAAUAGGCAACAAUAACAUGAUGGAAAUGGUUUCAUCCGUUACAGGAAAAGAACUCGGAUCUUAUUUCGGCUCCAGUGUUUGUGUGGUGGAUCUGAACGCUGAUGGUUUGUCAGACCUGCUGGUUGGAGCCCCCAUGGCAACAGGGACCUCCAGGGAAGAAGGGAGGGUGCAUGUUUACAUCAAUGAGGGAAAGUGCCGCAUUAUACAGUCUGAUGGCAGCAAGGAUAAAUUACCUGUGGUACCGCUCCUUUUUACAAACAGGGUGUAUAAGUCUUUUAGUAAAGGAGCCGCUAAGCUCCUCUACAGUCUGGUGCAGGAGGUGAGAGAUGUGGCCGUUGGCGCUCCACAGGAAGACGACCUCAAAGGAGCCGUCUACAUCUACAAUGGCAGGAAGGAAGGCAUUUCACAAACGCCAUCACAGAGGAUUUCAGGGUCCUCCUUGGGUCAUGACCUUAGGAUGUUUGGGCAGUCACUGAACUCUGGGAUUGAUAUCGAUGACAACGGCUACAAAGAUGUGGCUGUGGGAGCAUUCCUCUCAGACUCUGCUGUGGUUCUCAGGACCCGCCCAGUGAUUCAAGUGAAAGCUUCUCUGAUUCUACCGGAGCAGGUGGACCAGCAGGCGGCGCUAUGUCAAGCUCUCAGUAAUCCGACAGUCUGCCUCAACAUUACGAUCUGCUUCCAUGUUACAUCUAAACAUUUUAAAGGGGCAAUAGAGCUUCAGUAUAAUUUGACCUCCGACAUCCUCCAUAAACCAUCCUUCCCUCACCGUUUCUAUUUCCACGGUAAUGGAUCAUCGAACAGCACGAGGGGUCAUUUGAAGGCACGGCCUGGCCACCACACCUGUGUAACACAUGUUGUUUACCAAAGGAAAGAUGUUAAAGACAUUUACACCCCUAUUCAGUUUGAAGUUUCCUACCAGCUCAAAGAAAAAAUCAGCCACAGAAGCACCUCCAAAGCCUUGCCUCCAUUGAAACCAAUUCUGCAGCAGAGCACAGGGGAUCGUAACACCGUCACCAACCAGACUCAGUUCGCACGCUUCUGCUCUUUGGUGAACUGUUCAACCAACAUGCAGCUUUCAAGUGAACUGGUGCUACCGGGACAACAGAGUUUUUUUGCUCUCGGCUCUGGACAAAUCAUCCUGAAAACCUCUCUGCUGAACGCCGGAGAUGACGCCUUCCUGCCACGAGUGACAUUGAGAUUCCCAAACAUCAUCCACUUCAUCAAAGUGUUGCAUAAUCAGGACAACGUGAUUAGUUGUGACGUCACAGAGAAGGUGAACGCCACAGACGUGAGCAUCGACUGCGGCAUCACCAGCCUCAUCCUGCCAGCCAGCUCCCAGAUAAAUAUCAGUUUUCUGUUCGACGUCAAUCAGAACAGCACGCCUGGUGACAUUAACAUCCACAUCAACACCAGCAGCGCCAACUAUGAGAUGGAGAACUUCCUCCAAGAUAACAGCCUCACACUUGUUCUUCCCUUGAAAUAUGGAGUCGGCGUCAGCAUCCACGGUUUUGUGACCCCAUCUUCUUUUGUGUUCGGAGACGAAGACUUAAUUCCAGCUGACUGCUACCCUGAAAAGUUCAACUACACAUACAAGGUGAUAAACUCUGGUCCCAGUAAGGCGAUAAAUACUGUGGUGCAGAUUGCUGUGCCAAAAAUCCUUGCACCCCACCUACACCGAUUGCUGCAGGUCAUCGACCUGAAGUCAUCACAUGGUUCAUGCUCAAUAAGUGACAAAACGGUUCUGGUUGAAGAGGACUGUAAUGUUCCUCAAACUUCGUUCAUCAAACAGCUGAUGUUCUUCUUCUCUCCCACCAGCACCCGCACAAUGUACUGUGGCCGCAGAGAUCAUCUGUGUGAGCAGCUGGUGUGUCGUCUCGGUAACCUGGAGGCAGGGAGAGAUGCUACCAUCCAGCUGGAGAUCAGCCUGAACCCGGCUGUGCUCCUCCAAGCUCCGGGUCGUCAUCCUGUUAUGCGGGUGGAAAGCACAGCGUCUUUAUUAUCUCCCAGAGAAGGUCCUCACACCGUCCUACUUAAAGAUCCACCUGUGGAAAAGGUGGUGGUGGAGGCAGUUUUUACCCAGAAACCCUCGAUGGCUGUGAAGAUUUUCAUUGUCGUUGUCAGUUUAGUAUUGGGACUUCUCAUCCUGGCAGCUCUCAUCUGGUGUUUGUGGAAGGCUGGUUUCUUUAAGAGAAGCUUCAAGAAGCAGGAGGAAAUAAACAGGGACAGCUGGGACUAUGUUCCCAAACUAAACAAGAGGGAGAGCUCUAUUUAACAGCGGCUGCUGCCUCUCACCAGGACGCCUUAGCAUCGACAUUGGGUGGAAUUCACACCUCAGCUGUGCAGAAACUUUGCAGCAAAGAUGGAUGAUGGUGAAAGAGUCCUGAAUGCACCUGAACUGGUAUACUGAAUGUGCCUUCACAAAAAAAAAA